UGUCAGUCGACGCUCGCGAGUACAACGCAGUGGCCAAUAAACGUCGGUCGCGGAGUGAACGCGCCGUGUCGGAAAAGUGAACGUCAGUCAAUCCCCCCAUCGAUGCUGCAUCUGAAAAACUUUCUCCCUUGGCGUGCAUACGUCGUCAGCACCUUCGCUUAGAAAACACAGUGAAACCUACUUCAGCAUCCAAGCUAAAGUUGCACCAGGGUACGUACAAGACGCACACUGUUUACUAACAGACAUUGCAUGCACUCGGUGUAUCUCUGGGUCGCCUAAACUGCUACGCUUGGUCGUUGCCACUUCCCCUGCGAGUCCAGUGACAGUUUUUCCAAAAUCCAGACGGCGAUGGCGCGACUCAAGGUUGCCAUAAUCGGCCAGAGCCCCUUCGCAGCUGAGGUUUACAAGCUCCUCAGGCAGAAUGGACACGAGAUCACAGGAGUCUUCACCAUCCCUGACAAGGGAAAUAGGGAGGAUCCUUUGGCCGUGACAGCGAAGGCAGACGACACCCCAGUGUUCAAGGUGAAGUCCUGGAGGAGCAAAGGUGUGACUCUGCCGGAAGUGCUGGCGCUGUACAAGAGUAUAGAGGUAGAUUUGAACGUUCUUCCGUUCUGCAGCCAGUUCAUUCCCAUGGAGGUGAUCAAUCAUCCCCGUCACAAGAGCAUAUGCUACCAUCCGUCUCUGCUGCCAAGGCACCGCGGGGCAAGCGCCAUAAGCUGGACUCUGAUCGAAGGGGACGACACAGCAGGUUUCUCAAUAUUCUGGGCUGACGAUGGCCUCGACACUGGGCCCGUACUGCUCCAGAGGUCCUGCAAGGUGGAGCCCAACGACACCUUGGAUACGCUGUACAACAACUUCCUCUACCCCGAAGGUAUCAAGGCCAUGGGAGAGGCUGUGGACCUGGUGGCCAAAGGAACAGCACCGAUGAUCUCUCAACCCGAAGAAGGUGCUACCUAUGACCCGAUGCUGAACAAGAAGGAGCUCCAGAAACUGGACUUGUCGAAGCCAGCAAAACAGAUUCACGACUUCAUACGAGCCUUGGAUAGCACUCCUGGAGCUUGGACCUUGAUCAAUGGCGAAGAGGUUCGUCUAUUUGGGUCUAGCCUGUGGAACAAUGGUCAGGUACCUGAGCAUGAGCUCGAGGUGAACGUGGAGGAUCGUCUGGGAGUCAUCCACGAGGGUGGAUUGUUAAUUAGUGCCUGUGAUGGCAAGUAUGUGAACGUGGAAAGGAUAAAGGUUGGGAAUAAGACGAUUCCUGCUAGCAAGUUCGGCCAGGAGGACCAAACUACGACUAUAGAGUUCACGGAGGAGGAGCUGAAGACCAAGGAUGCGUUGAAAGUGAUUUGGAAAGGGAUCCUCAAGGUGGAUGUCGAGGACGACACUGACUUCUUCGCCUGUGGAGCUGGAAGCAUGGACGUUGUGAGGCUGGUGGAGGAAGUCAAGGACAAUCUGGGUGUGACGCUGCAAAACAUCGACGUCUUCAUGGCUCCAGUCUUUCUAGAGUUUGCCACGACGGUGGUCCUUGCAGCACGAGGCGUUUCUGCCUCCAAGGACAUCAAGUACGACGCUGUGGAACUCCAGGCAAACAACAUGAACCUCAAGUUCCCUAAGCAGCUCUUCAUCAACGGAGAAUUCGUCAAUGGUCAUGGGAAACCCAUCGACACAAUAAAUCCUCACGAUGAAAGCGUUAUCUGCUCUGUGGAAACUGCUACUGUCGAGGAUGUAGACAAGGCUGUGAAGGCUGCCAAGAAGGCCUUCGAAGAUGGGGAAUGGAGCAAGAUCAGUGCUAGGGAGCGAGGUGCUCUUCUCUUCAAGUUGGCAGACUUAAUGGAGCAGCACAAAGAGGAACUAGCAACACUGGAGUCGUUGGACUCGGGUGCAGUGUAUACUCUAGCCCUGAAGACCCACAUAGGCAUGUCCAUAGAGACCUGGAGGUACUUUGCUGGCUGGUGCGACAAGAUCCAAGGCUCUACUAUACCUAUAUCCCACGCCAGACCUAAUCGCAACCUCACCUUCACACGCAAGGAGCCAAUAGGCGUUUGUGGCCUGGUCACUCCCUGGAACUACCCUCUGAUGAUGCUCUCCUGGAAGAUGGCAGCUUGCCUGGCAGCUGGUAACACCGUGGUGAUGAAGCCUGCUCAGACGUCGCCUCUGACCGCCCUUAAGUUCGCUGAGCUCACAGCAAUGGCUGGCUUCCCACCCGGAGUGGUGAACAUAGUCCCUGGGAAUGGUUCGAUGACUGGCCAAGCUCUCUGCGACCAUCCUUUGAUCAGGAAACUUGGAUUCACAGGGUCUACACCAGUCGGCAAGACUAUAAUGAGAGCCUGCGCUGAUAGUAAUUUGAAGAAGGUCUCGUUGGAGCUCGGGGGCAAGAGUCCUCUGGUCAUUUUCGAGGAUGCUGACCUUCAGCAUGCUGUCAGAGUUGGGAUGAGCAGUGUGUUCUUCAACAAGGGGGAGAACUGCAUUGCUGCUGGUCGUAUAUUCGUCGAGGAGUCCAUACACGACGACUUUGUGAGCAGGAUCAUCGAAGAAACCAAGAAGAUCACCAUAGGCAACCCGUUAGACAGAAGUACAGCUCACGGUCCGCAGAACCACAAGGCCCACAUGGACAAGCUCUUGGAGUACGUGAAUCGUGGCGUCCAAGAAGGAGCCAAGUUGGUCUAUGGUGGCAAGAGACUGGAUCGUCCUGGCUGGUACUUUGAGCCUACAGUCCUCACUGAUGUAAAGGACGAUAUGUACAUAGCGAAGGAGGAGUCCUUUGGUCCUGUGAUGGUCAUAUCGAAGUUCAGUUCCAAGAACAUGGACGAGGUGAUCGCAAGGGCCAAUAAUACAGAGUACGGACUGGCAUCUGGUGUUCUGACCAAGGACAUCAGCAGAGCUCUGAGAUUCGCUGAGAAAAUCGAGGCUGGUACGGUGUUCAUCAACACGUACAACAAGACUGACGUCGCUGCACCCUUUGGUGGAUUCAAGAUGUCAGGAUUCGGCAAGGACCUGGGCCAGGAGGCUCUCAACGAGUACCUGAAGACGAAAACUGUCACCAUAGAAUAUUAGAGAAGCGUUGGAGAUGGGUAGAAUUUUUAUCCAAAUAAAUGACAUUGAAUAGGUACUAAAUUUGUUGGAAAUUAUAAGGGGAGGUCCUCGAGCAGUGACAUUAAUUUAUUUAAUUAAUAGACUGGGGAUCUUUAUACAAGAUAAAAUCAUUGACAUAAUUGAAUCUAACCUGGAAUUUAUUUUACUCUGUAAAUAUUGUAACAUGAACUUUACUUUCAAUAUUUUUUUUGUAUUAUUGUUGUACUAUUGUACUACUAUAUUUUUGUACCAUUGCAUUCGAUAUUCCUAUAAUAUUAACAAUUUCCAAUAAUAUAUAACCGCAUGAAAAUUCACAGGCUACUAAUUAAACAGUCAAGAUAGACCUCUACCUGUGAGUUACAAGAAUUAAAUUAACGAAUUAAUCACUUUUAGCGAUUCGAGAUAUGGAUAAAAAUUUUACUCGUUUCCAGCGGGGAUUCAUUUCAAACGCGUUUCAUUCUACCCUUGUUUAUACGCCCAUCUUUGUAUUUGCCAUUCGUUUUAUUUAUAAGAAUAAAUUCUAAACUUUUGUAA